AUGCCCCAAAAUAGACGAUCCAGUCUUGAGACAACGUCCAGGCCCCCGUCCCGGUCACAACCCGGUGGUAACACAAGCAUUAACGUGAAGAUGGAGAGCGCGAAUGCAGAUGUGGGCACUGACACGAAUAAUCUCUUCGGCAAACGCAGUACGACUCCGUAUGCGCCGAAAAAUAGGCGCACGCCCGCGCACUCCGUGCUCACUCCUCUGUCUCCCGCCGAGAUGGAGCGCUACCGGAAUUAUCCCGGCGGUGUCGGGACGAUGCUUCUGAGGAAGCGUAAGCGCGAACGAGAGAUGCAACGGAGACCGAAGCGAGAACGCAAAGUGGGUGACGUAGGAUUGGUGGUAGAGCACUACAAUGCACGCCCGGACGUCGGCGUUUCACAGCGGCAGGAGUCGCCUAUCAUAGGGCUGAAAAGCUUCAACAAUUGGGUGAAGAGCGUCCUCAUUACGCGCUUCGCGCAUCCGGCUCUCGUGGAGAGCACCGGCAUGUUGAGGGGACGAGUGCUCGACAUGGGAUGCGGGAAGGGUGGUGAUCUGACUAAAUGGUCGAAAGCGAAGGUACGGGAAUAUGUUGGCGUCGACAUCGCGGCCAUAUCCGUGGACCAGGCGCGUCUGCGGCAUGCGCAGACGCGCUCGGGUCCACGCUUUGCUGCAUCGUUCUUCCCGCUUGAUUGCUAUGCGAACAGAUUGCGUGAUGGACUUCCGCCGGGGCUGCUCGUGCGUCCCUUCGAUGUCGUCUCGAUGCAAUUCUGUAUGCAUUAUGCAUUCGAGAGUGAGGAGAAGGCGCGGUGCAUGCUUGACAAUGUGUCUGCGCAUCUCAGAUCAGGUGGCAGAUUCAUCGGCACCAUUCCGAAUGCAACCCAGUUGCUGGGCCAUCUUGAUGCGCUACCCAAAGACGCGUCAGAAUUGACCUUUGGAAACAGUGUGUACAAGAUCCGUUUUGAGACCCGUGAACAGCGUCCACUCUUUGGGUUCCGAUACUGGUUCUACCUUCAGGAUGCAGUGGAUGAUGUCCCUGAAUAUGUCGUUCAGUGGGAUAACUUUGUCAAACUGGCUGCUGAGUACGGCUUGAAGCUAGUUUACAAAGAGGAAUUCCACCAGAUCUUCGAGGAGCAUCACGAACAUGACGAAUUUGGCCCCCUACUGCAACGCAUGCGUGUCGUCGAUGCUAAUGGGGAGAGCCAUAUGGAUGAAGACCAGUGGGAGGCUGCGAGUGUGUAUAUGUCCGCCAAUUUUCUGAUCAUAUAUUGA